CGGCAAAGUUAAAAAAGAGGGCACAGACGGUGUUGCUUGAAGUGACGCCCACUGGCGAAUCGCUGUGGCCUGCCACCCUCCGCAGCGCUUCAAGAAGAUUAAAUUAGUUGAAAUGGGUCCUCCUUCUCGAAAGUGUCAAGUCUGCAUUGAAGCUCAGUCUAAGUACAAGUGCCCAACCUGUCUUGCUCCUUAUUGUUCUCUAGCCUGUUUCAAGAAACACAAAGAAAUUCCUUGUGUUAAGCCAGAAUCUACUCAGGAAAAAUCAGUUGCUAUUCCAGAAUUAUCUGCAGAAAGGCCAUUGAAUGUUGAUGAACCAAGUGAGGUGCUGCAAAAGGUGCAAUUAGAAUCUAUAGCUUCUUCCAGUGAAAUUCGUGAUGCAUUGAAGGAUGAAAACCUUCAGAAACUCAUCUUGGGUAUUGAUGGCUCCCCAGAUGCAGAGACUGUGAGUACUGCAUUUCCUACUAGAAUGAAUACCCAAGGAUUUUCUUUACCUCUCACUUUUCUGUUUGAAAAAUGAUUUUCUCAUUUUGCUUAUUUAAAGUUCUCAUUUAAGUCUUGAUGGCAAAAUUACCUGCUAAUUUGGUCGUUAACUUUGGUUAGGAACUCAACAAGGCUAUGGGGACAGAGGUAUUCCGAAUAUUCACUGAUAAGAUUCGAUCAGCUAUUGGACCAUGAAUACAAGCAAUUUUUGCUAGAGGUAAGAGCGAUAUGUGUGGAAGAAAGUUGGAUGUUCUAUACGAGUAGAAGUAUUUGAGGCCUGCUUGGUUCAGUGACUUCUAUUUAGAUAGUCCGUUUCAUGGUAUAAUCACAGAGAUGUGAAAAUGUGCUGCUAUCUUGAAACUGGUGAAGGCUUCUUCAUUUUUGUAACUAGAGCAAGGCAAAUUAAACGUUUCUUAGCUUAUGGAAGCAGAUCAAAAUUGGUUUUCUGUCUUGAGUCUACAUAGACUGCUUCAGUUGUUACUUAGUAUCUUAAUAGAAUCUAAUGAGACUGAUGAUCUACGGUUUAGUGUUUCCAUUUAUGAAAGAAGUUCUUUCACAUAACAAUAUAUUUGUUCUAGUUGUUGUGUUGUUGGCGCCUCUCUUCAAUGAACAAUU